AGCCCCACCCGCCCCGGCUUGGGCCCGGCCGCGAGGGCUAAAAAUACUGCCCGGAGGCUGCGGAGCGGAAUCCGAUCGUGCAAAGUAGGGCAGGGCGCGGAGGAGGCGACGAGUGGCCCGCAGGCCUCGCCCGAGCUCCGGGACCCCCGUUGCCGGCCGCGGCGCAAAGUUUUGCACUGCAGGAAUCGGUGCUCGCGGGGAGAACGCAGGACUGGCUAUGUGUCGGAAACGGGGCUUGCUUUUUUCUUUUUCCGAUACAGGGGACCGAACCCAGGACCUCGCAUGCUAGGUGCCCUCGGAGGCCAGUAUGAAGCUGAAGAAGCAGGUGACGGUGUGCGGGGCUGCCAUCUUCUGUGUGGCUGUCUUCUCCCUUUACCUCAUGCUGGACCGAGUGCAGCAUGACCCUGCCCGACACGAGAACAGUGGGAACUUCCCCCGGAGCCAAAUUUCCGUGCUGCAGAACCGCAUCGAGCAGCUGGAGCAGCUAUUGGAAGAGAACCACGAGAUCAUCAGCCACAUCAAGGACUCAGUGCUGGAGCUGACUGCCAAUGUGGAGGGCCCGCCCGCCCUGCUGCCCUACCACAUGGCCAAUGGCUCCUGGGUGGUGCCCCCAGAGCCCCGGCCCAGCUUCUUCUCUGUGUCCCCCCAGGACUGCCAGUUUGCUUUGGGGGGCCGGGGUCAGAAGCCAGACCUGCAGAUGCUGAUGGUGUCGGAGGAGUUGCCCUUUGACAAUGUGGAAGGUGGCGUGUGGAGGCAAGGCUUCGACAUCUCCUACAGCCCGCACGACUGGGAUGCCGAGGACCUGCAGGUGUUCGUGGUGCCACACUCUCACAAUGACCCAGGCUGGAUCAAGACCUUCGACAAGUACUACACGGAGCAGACCCAGCACAUCCUGAACAGCAUGGUGUCCAAGCUACAGGAGGACUCCCGCUGGCGCUUCCUCUGGGCGGAAGUCUCCUUCUUCGCCAAGUGGUGGGACAACAUCAAUGCCCAAAAGAGGGCAGUAGUCCGAAGGCUGGUGGGAAACGGGCAGCUGGAGAUUGUGACGGGAGGCUGGGUGAUGCCAGACGAGGCCAACUCCCACUACUUUGCGCUGAUUGACCAGCUCAUCGAGGGACACCAGUGGCUGGAGAGAAACCUCGGUGUGACCCCGCGCUCUGGCUGGGCAGUGGAUCCCUUCGGACACAGCUCCACCGUGCCGUACCUGCUGCGCCGCGCCAACCUGACCAGCAUGCUGAUUCAGAGGGUGCACUAUGCCAUCAAGAAGCACUUUGCAGCCACCCACAACCUGGAGUUCAUGUGGAGGCAGACAUGGGACUCCGACUCCAGCACAGACAUCUUCUGCCACAUGAUGCCCUUCUACAGCUAUGACAUCCCCCAUACCUGUGGACCCGACCCCAAGAUCUGCUGCCAGUUCGACUUCAAACGGCUGCCGGGUGGGCGCAUCAAUUGCCCUUGGAAGGUGCCUCCCCGGGCCAUCACAGAGGCCAACGUGGCAGAGAGGGCAGCCCUGCUCCUAGACCAGUACCGGAAGAAGUCCAGGCUGUUCCGAAGCAAUGUCCUGCUGGUGCCCCUGGGUGAUGACUUCCGAUAUGACAAGCCUCAAGAGUGGGACGCCCAGUUCUUCAGCUACCAGCGACUCUUUGACUUCCUUAACAGCCAGCCAGACCUCCACGUGCAGGCCCAGUUUGGCACCCUCUCAGACUAUUUUGAUGCUUUGUACAAGAGGACGGGGGUGGAGCCCGGGGCCCGGCCCCCAGGGUUUCCAGUGCUGAGCGGGGAUUUCUUCUCCUACGCGGACCGUGACGACCACUACUGGACGGGCUACUACACCUCCCGGCCUUUUUACAAGAGCUUGGAUCGAGUCCUGGAAGCCCACCUACGGGGGGCAGAGAUCCUGUACAGCUUGGCCGUGGCACACGCCCGCCGCUCUGGCCUAGCUUCCCGGUACCCACUGUCCGACUUCGCUCUCCUGACGGAGGCCCGCCGCACUCUGGGGCUCUUCCAGCACCACGACGCCAUCACCGGCACUGCCAAGGAGGCCGUGGUGAUGGACUAUGGGGUCAGGCUCCUGCGCUCCCUCGUCAGCCUGAAGCAGGUCAUCAUCAAUGCAGCCCACUACCUGGUGCUGGGGGACAAGGGGACCUACCGCUUUGAGCCUGGGGCACCCUUCCUCCAAGUGGACGACACCCGCUCCAGUUACGACGCCCUGCCGGAGCGUACAGUAAUCCAGCUAGACGCCUCACCCAGGUUUGUGGUGCUCUUCAACCCCCUGGAGCAGGAGCGGCUCAGUGUGGUGUCCCUGCUGGUCAGCUCGCCCCACGUCCGUGUCCUGUCGGAGGACGGGCAGCCGCUGGCCGUGCAGAUCAGUGCCCACUGGAGCUCGGCCACCAACAUGGUCCCUGAUGUCUACCAGGUGUCUGUGCCUCUCCGCCUGCCUGCCCUGGGCCUAAGUGUGCUGCAGCUGCUGCAGGGCCUGGACACACACCGCACACUGCCCUCCUCUGUGCGUGUCUACCUGCAUGGCCAGAGGCUGUCGGUCAGCAGGCACGAAGCCUUCCCCAUCCGUGUCAUCAACUCGGGCACUGGUGAUUUCACCCUCAGCAACAGCUACAUGCAGGUCUGGUUCUCAGGCCUUACCGGGCUCCUCAAGAGCAUCCAAAGGGUGGACGAGGACCAGGAACAGCGGAUAGACGUGAGGCUCCUCAUCUAUGGCACGCGUGCGUCCAAAGACAAGAGCGGCGCCUACCUCUUCCUGCCUGAUGACCAGGCCAAGCCCUACGUCCCCAAGAAACCGCCCUUGCUGCGUGUCACUGAGGGUCCUUUCUUCUCAGAGGUGGUCGCUUACUACGAGCACGUUCACCAGGUGGUCCGACUGUACAACCUGCCAGGGGUAGAGGGACUGUCUGUGGAUAUGUCAUUCCUGGUGGACAUCCGGGACUAUGUCAACAAGGAGCUGGCCCUGCGCAUCCACACGGACAUUGACAGCCAGGGCAUCUUCUUCACAGACCUCAAUGGCUUUCAGGUGCAGCGCCGGCGGUAUCUGAAGAAGCUGCCCCUGCAGGCCAACUUCUACCCCAUGCCAGUCAUGGCCUACAUCCAGGAUGCGCAGCAGCGCCUCACGCUGCACACGGCCCAGGCCUUGGGCGUCUCCAGCCUCAGUGAUGGUCAGCUGGAGGUGAUCUUGGACAGGCGGCUGAUGCAGGAUGAUAACCGGGGCCUGGGCCAAGGGCUGAAGGACAACAAGAGAACCUGGAACCAUUUCCGCCUCCUGCUUGAACGGCGAACCAUGGGCAGUGAGCCUGGCUGUUUCUACAAACUGGCAGCCAUGUUUAGGGGCUUGAUCUUUCCCAGCAGCAGGAGCGGUGGCCGAGAGGUCCAGGAUGGCCGCUCCACCAGCUACCCAUCCCUCCUGAGCCAUCUGACCUCCAUGUACCUGAAUACCCAGGUGUUCACCCUGCCUGUUGCCAAGACACCAUCCCCAGGCCCUAGUCUGCGCGCCUUUCAUCCUCUGGCGUCCUCGCUGCCCUGUGACUUCCACCUGCUCAACCUGCGCAUGCUCCAGGCUGAGGAGGAUAACUUGCCCUCAGCAGAUACCGCGCUCAUUUUACACCGCAAGGGUUUCGACUGUGGUCUUGAGGCCAAGAACUUGGGGUUCAACUGCACCACAAGCCAAGGCAAGGUAGCCCUGGGAAGCCUUUUCCACGGCCUGGAUGUGGUGUUCCUGCAGCCAACCUCUUUGACCCUGCUGUACCUGCUGGCCUCACCCUCCAAUAGCACGGACCUCUAUCUGGAGCCCAUGGAGAUCGCCACCUUUCGCCUCCGCUUGGGUUAGGGCUUCUUGUGGCCCAAAGAGAAGCUCAUUCACAGAGACUGCCACCCCGGGUAUCCCAUCCCAGUCUGCCUCUCAGAACUGUGACAGACUGAGCUCUGCCCUCGCUUUCUGUUCUUUGUUGCUUCUGUGUUCGAGGCAACCCGCACAGCCAGCCGUGGGUAGGUGGGGCAGGCACGGUGAGGUGUUGAAGACGAGGGCCUUGGUCAGGAUGGGCUAUGCCAGGCUCUCCUGUGGACUGUGUGUGGCUGCCCCGCUGGGCCCCAGCUCAGGCUCCCACCCUUUUCCCAGGACGGGAUAUAGGAGGCACAGGGGCAGACGGAGGCUAACUGGGUGGUGGCCCGUGUAGGUAAUUGUUGGCAAGGGCUGGCUGUGGGGGUCCUGUGGUGAUGUAGAGGCCACCUGUCCUGGUGUGAGGAGCAGGAUGAGGGUGGUUCUGGGGAGAAAAUGGUGACCCACAGUUGACAGUGAGGUGGAGGAGGAAGAGGAAUCUCUCUUUCUCCUAAGAGCCUGAGGGCCUCGGUGCUUUCUGUGAGUCUCUGCUCUCACCACCACUGGGCCUGCAUGACCGGAAGGGCUUGUUAGGCAUGUGAACGGAAGUCUUAGGACACUUCAGGUACCAAAACCCCCACUUCAGACUGGCACUGGCUCUGUGUGUUGACUUGUGUGGUGGGGUAGUGGCAAGGGCCUGGGGAGGGGGCCUUCCUCCCUACCGUACCCCUUUGUUCCCUUUAAUUCAUCCGCUGUCCCCCCAAAAACUCCUUCCUGUGCUGGGGGUUUGGCCCUAGAAAAUUUCCUUUCCUAGGAAAGAAAUCGAGCCUCUAAGACCCCACAGACCUGGGCAGCUUGGCACAGCAUCUGGCGCUGUGCCCUGGGCAGGCCUGCGGCUUCACCUCGGGCCCAUCCUUGGGCAAAAGUGUUCCGUUCCUGGCACAGACCAAGGACAUGGAGGCUAAAUUAGGAGGCAGUAGGACUGCUCAUGAGCCUUUAUUUUAGCUUCAAUCAAUAGAGAAAAAUUUGUGAGUCUCUUCAGAUGCGGAAAAGAUACUUGGUGACAUUUAUAAUCUAUCCCUUAUUACAACUCUUACCAAGACUAAGAAGAAACACCCUAAUCUACAUACAGGUCUCUCAGGCAUCUAAAGAGUCGGACACCACAGGCGUCCCAUGUGAGCCAGGAACCGGCGGGGGGGUACUGCCAUCUUGGUGUCGUGGCAUCUCUCACCCGUGCAGUAAGACCGAUGAGGGGAUAGGGAAGAAGUAUAUUCCAUUAUUUGUAGACAAUAAAGCUGCCUACUGGUAAAAUCUAAGAGAAUCAAGAAGACCUACUAACAGCUUUCCGUAAGUUGAUGCACUGCUGCACGUUUCUGUAAGGAUCUUGGUUCUCCCUACUUCAGCCCAUAAAUUCUCUGUAAUUUUGGCAAGAUUGAAUGCUUUUUGGGAUUCAACUGGCUCUGAAGCUCAUUGGGAAGAGUAAAGGCAGGUGAACCCAAGACCGUGCUGAGUGGCAGUGGACAGGGUUUGCAGUGGGGCUGAGUGGGGAAAAGGACGUCCUACCAGGUUUCCCAGAGGACUUUCCUGCAAGCAUGGAUUCAAUCAGUGCAACGGACUGUGUCAGACAGACCCAGGGGACAGCAUGGAGAGUCCAGAAAAAGAUCCUGGAACGAAAGAAUUUUGUAUGCAAUACAAAGGGUUUUAAGUGGGGAAAAAAUGGAUUAUUUAAUAAACAGUACUUUGAGACAACUAGCUAUCUAUUAGAGUUAGACCUCUACCUCGGUUUCUGCAAAAAUUCGUUCUAAAGGGAAAAAAAACAAAAUAAAAUGACAAAAUGACUCAAGAAAAAAUA